AUGGGCAACUGUUUCUCAACUAGUCAGAGGCGCUGUGGUCUUUGCUAUUUUGAUCUCGAUGAAGAAUCAGCAUCUCUGAAGGAACCAUUUGUGCAAAGGAGUUACACUUGGCGCGAAUCAUCCCACAUUCACGAUGAGGAGCGAACAGAGUCCCUCGACGAGCAAUUACCGUCUCCACUUCCUGAAACCUGGCGCGAGUACCUUAGAAUCGAAAUCCGGACAAAACUUGAGGUAUUCCGCGCAUCUCGCGAGCGGGGUUGUCGCGGCUGCGAUGCUAUUGUAAAAGCUAUAGCAUCGGCGUGCCAAGAUGAUGAUGUGGUUUUGGACGAUAAAUCGUGGACGGAAGACGUGCACGUAACUUGGACAAUGCCUUCAGGGCGGGAUAAGGGGAUGAGCAAUCUUAAGUUGGAUGUUACUGUGAAUGUUAGCAGUCGAGAAGCUGAGGGUCAUGGUACAGAGGAUUACCGUCUAUGGAUCAUCCUAAUCGACAUUGACAGACUGAAUGGGCAUGAGAAGGAAGAAAGCGAUCAUGUAUUUGCGUAUAGAUCUUCAGUUUUGUUUAACAACACUGGAGCAGAAACGUCUUUGAACAGAAUCAGCAAUUGGCUCAAUAAGUGCAGCUCCUUGCAUGACUCUUGCAAAUCUGCAUCGGUCGCACAACUGCCCAAACGAGUACUAGAAAUGACGCCAGGGCCACAAAAUAACAUCAAUGUUCGCUUGGUUGAGGAUUUGGGUGGGUGCGAGAGAUAUGUAUGUCUUAGCCAUCGAUGGGGAGCAUCAACACAUUUAUGCCGGACGACGAUUGAGAGCCUGCCUGCGCAUCUUGAGGCAAUUCCCUGGGAUCGCCUACCCAAGACUUUCCAAGAUGCCGCUAAAGUUGCCGUUUGGCUUGGAAUCAAAUACUUGUGGAUUGAUUCGCUGUGCAUCAUUCAAGACAGUAGCGAUGAUUGGAAGGUUCAGGCAGCUCAAAUGUGCGAGAUUUACUCUGGCGCGUAUGUCACCCUUGCAGCGGCAUGGUCUGCUGAUAGCGAUGUUGGUCUGUUUCGCGAAAGUGCUUCUUUCAAAGUCCAACCUGCUACGCAUCUCGGGCCCCAAGCCGCAUCUUACCUCGUUCGCAGAGUCCCAGAACACACCACUUGGGACGUUGCUGGUGUGCUACAGAUGACACCAGAGCUGCCUCUUCUCAGCAGAGCGUGGGUCUAUCAGGAGCGUCUUUUGUCUCCAAGAAUCGUCUAUUUUACACGAUAUGAACUCGCAUUUGAAUGCGCAAGCGGCAAGAGGGACAAAACCUGCGAGUGCGAACAUAUCCCAGGAGGAAUAUGGGGAGGCGGUAGUAAUGGCGCAGGUGGUGGGAGCGGCGAGUAUACCAAUGAGCGCAAGCUGUACCACUUUGAAGGCCUCCGCGCAUCGAAUCUCGACCAAAUCAGGAAAUACUGGCACCAGAUUGUGGAAGAAUAUUCUGGACUGCGCAUCUCAUUUACAUCAGAUCGUCUUCCUGCUCUGUCUGGCGUCGCGCGACAGUACGGAACAGCCCACUCAGCUGAUCUCGGCCGAUAUGUCGCAGGAAUGUGGGAAAACUGUUUCCCUUCUGAGCUGCUAUGGUACUGUGCCUCUCGGAAAAUUCACGAUCGCCCAGAUUCUUAUUGCGGCCCAACAUGGUCUUGGGUUUCUACUGGAAAUAUUGCCAGCUACGCGACGGCUUGCCCCAGAACGUACCCGGACGAUCUAGAGAUCAUCAGUAUCAAUUUCAAUCUAGAUGGCCCAGAUAAAUAUGCGUCUAUUUCCGAGGCUACUAUGGAAGUCAGAGGCUAUCUUGCUCCUGGAACUUUAGUCGAGGUGCAUAACGCUCCUUCAGACACAACGAGUAUCCACUUCAAAGGCAUGAGUGGGAAUUCUCUGACCUUUCAUUACGAUUAUCCUCUGCAUCGACCAGGCCCUCAACAUAUUCCAUUCGGAAGUCGGAUAUACUGUAUGAAAACAGGUUUUGUAUGGGGAGGGAAUCACAUUUGCAUGCUGCUACAAUUAGUGAAUGCGGAGGAGAAUGUUUAUGAAAGGAUUGGUCUCGCAACGAAUGUGAGUAGAUCCGAUCUUGAUAGCUGGUUCGAUGGUUUUGGAAAUAAGCGAACGGUCAAGCUUUCGUGA